AUGCAACGCUAUAGCCUAUUCUCACCCCAUCUCGGCUUGACGUCCAACCGUGCAAUGCAGCUUGGUGUCCAGUUACUUGCCGGGGCUGACUCCGCCACCGUUGCUUCUCAAGUAUAUAAAGGGCCUUCUUCCCCCAGCCGGUUACAUGCUCUGAUAUUCACUUUUCCUUCUCCGAAGCCGGCUUGUACCCGGUGCCUUCCUCCCCUGAGCGUGGCGACUAAGAUCACGAUGGCAAACCCUUCCAACACUAUUGUUAUUGCCGACGACGAGGAAUUUCCAAGGCUCGAGCCAGGUAGCUCACGACCUCAGAGGGUCCCUCGCCGUGAUUACACUUACCGACACUUUGAAAACAUGAUCAUUGAAUCUGUUAAUGCGGAGGCGAAUACGACACCAUCGCGCAAACGCCGAAGAACCGAAACGAAGGAGUCGUCUGCUUUGGAUGACGCUUUGGGGGAACUCCGAAAAGCACUAGACCGUGAAAUCCAGCUGUUACAAGAGAAAAAUCAAAUGCUUCGAGAUGAACUUUGCCUGGAGAGGGAAGGGCACCAAAAAACGCAAGAGGAGCUUUCCCAGCAAAGAGAAAGGCGUGUUUUAGACUGCAGGAUCUACUACAUACAGCCAGAUCGCUGGGUGACUAUUCUAUGUGGACACAUGGUUUGCAAGUCGUGCGCGGGGAAUCUUGGAACGCCGAGAAGAUGUCCUAUCUGUCGGGCGCCAUUCACAGGUUAUGUCGAAUGCUACCCUUUUGCAGGAUGAAGCAUGUAUAUUGUGCCACAGGUCCAGUUUAAUGACAUUCGGCGGGAUAGCCAAAUACUAUCAUCAUGGGAAGAAGCUAUAGG